UUCAGCACUACACAACUUAAUUGCCAUCAAUUAUCUUCCCAGCUUCACCUCUCUGCUGUUUUUGCAUUCUCAUCAAAAUAUAUACUUCAAAUCUCAGCCAGUCCGGCUAUCAGUGCUACCGCUAUGAAUAUGUGGAGGAACAUUACGGAACAGAUAAGCAAUUUCAGCAGCCUUGAUGAUGAGAUGCAAACUCUCGGAAGCAAAAUUGAAUCUUUGAGCUGCCGAGCAGAUGAUGUAAUUGCAAUGCUGCAAGAUGCAGAGUUUCGAACGGGAAAGAAACGAAAGAGAGAGGUCGAGAAUUGGUUGGAUAAUGUGCAAAAGAAGAAAAAUGAAUUUCAAUGCUUACAACGAGUUGUACAAGGAUGCAGUGUUUUGAAAAAACUACCAUUGGGAAAACGUGUUGAGAAAAUGAUUGGUGAAGUGGUAGAACUGAUUGACCAAGGUCAGUUUCCAGAGGGGCUAUUACUUAAUGUGCAUGACACCAAAGCAGUGCCAUUGUUGACCACAAAAUUAAUAGGUCAGCAAUUUAAACAAAAUUUGGAAAAAGUUCAUAAUUAUUUGAUGAAAGAGGAUAUUAUGUACAUUGGAAUUUAUGGAAUGGGGGGAUCGGGGAAAACAACCUUGGCAACUCACAUCCAUAAUUUACUUUUAAAAAGCUCUGCAACCUCUUCUGUCAAUGUUUAUUGGCUUACUGUGUCUCAAGAUUGGAGCGUUGAUAAAUUGCAAUACGACAUUGCCAACUUGCUAAAGUUGGAUCUCACAAGAGAGAAUGAAAGAAAUAGAAGGGCAGCCAAACUCUCACAAGCAUUGAGGAGAAUGAAAAAAUUUGUACUAAUCUUGGAUGAUGUGUGGCAACAUUUUAGUCUCGAGGAGAUUGGAAUUCCUUGUAGAGUGAAUGGAUUGAAAUUGAUUUUUACUACUCGCUUGUUGAAUGUAUGUCGUAAGAUGGGAUGCCAGGAAAUAAUUCAAGUAGGACCUCUUUCUGAGGAUGAAGCAUGGAAUUUAUUCUUGGAGAAACUUGUGCCUGAAGGAGGUGAAAUUUCGUGGCAAAAGGAUCCAGAAAUAAAAGAGACUGCAAUGUCCAUGGCAAAAAGAUGUUGUAGCUUGCCACUUGCAAUUAUUACUGUGGCUAGAAGCAUGAUGGGGGUGAACGACAUUCAUGAGUGGAGGAAUGCAUUGCGAGAAUUGAAAGAAUCCAUCACCAAGCAGGGUGAUAUGGAAGAUGAUGUAUUCUUGAAAUUAAAAUUUAGCUACAAGCGAGUGAAGGAUGAAAAGCUGAGAGACUGUUUUUUGUAUUGUGCACUUUAUCCUGAAGACUAUAGAAUAAGAAGAGAUGAAUUGAUACCCAAAUUCAUUGCAGAGGGACUAAUAGAUAGAAUGAAGACGCGGCAAGCACAGUUUGACAAGGGUCAUAGUAUGUUGAAUGAACUUGAGAACGCGUGCUUAUUAGAAAGUUGUAAAGAGUACGAACACCCUUGCGUGAAGAUGCAUGAUUUGAUUAGAGAGAUGGCACUAAAGAUCGCAAGUCAUCGAUUGAUGGUAAGGGCUGGUAUGCAGUCUAAGAAAAUACCAAAAGAGGAGGAAUGGACGGAAGAUUUGAAGAGAAUUUCCUUGAUGGAAAAUUUCAUUGAAGUGAUUCCAAGAGGCAUGUCACCAAGGUGUCCUAGAUUAUCAACAUUGAUAUUGCAAUAUAAUUCGGGUUUAAAAAGGAUUCCUUGUAGUUUUUUUAAGCAAAUGAGUGCCCUUCGAGUUCUUGAUUUAUCUUAUACUGGAAUUGUUAAUUUGCCACAUAUUAUAUCGGACUUGAAGAAUCUCACUGCAUUGUUUCUUAGCUCGUGCAAAAAUCUCACACGUGUGCCACCUUUGGGGAAGCUUAAGGCAUUACAGCUGUUGGAUCUUAGUUAUACCAAGAUCGAAGAAAUUCCGCAAGGUAUGGAAAUGUUGGUCAAUCUCAAAUGCCUAUAUAUGGAUGGCAUAGGAAGUCUGGAGUUGUUUCCGUGUGAGAUAUUUGACAAACUCUCCGGUCUCCAAGUUGUUCGAACCGGUUCAAUACAGAUACGAGUAAAGGAAUUGGAGAGGUUGGGGCAGCUGGAAGAAUUUGAAGGGUGCCUGUGCACUAUGAUUGAUUUUAAUCGAUAUGUUCAAUCCAAUCACUAUAGGCAGUUGAACACGUGCCGUCUUCAUGUUGGCGAAUAUUCAUAUGGAGUGGUAUAUGAAUAUGAAAAAGAAGCAGUGUUUAAAAAUUGUCAACUCGAGAAUGGAGGAGAAGAUACGCUUUUGCUGCUUCCACACAACAUUAAGCGCCUGAUAAUUUCUGAUUGUGACAAUGUCAGUAGCUUAUGUGAUGUUUCUCGCUCAUUGAUUAGUGCAAGAGACUUGAAAGAAAGUAAAAUGGGCUAUCAUGGGAUAGAGUGCAUGUCGUCGUCGUCGUCGUCCUCCUCAUGGAACCAAGUUGAAGAAGAAAGGCAUUGCUCUCCACUUCAAAGCAUUGAGAAAUUGGAACUUUACAACUUGCCGGAAUUAAGUGGCCUCAUUAAGGGGUUAGGAGUAACUGCAACUCCACCUGGCACCCUUUCCAAUCUUCAAAUGCUGGAUAUCCGUUGUUGUAAUAAAAUGAAGAAGCUGUUGACGCCUAGGUUGCUGGAGAACCUCCCAAACAUUCAAACAAUUAGAGUUGUGGGCUGUGAUGAAAUGGAGGAGAUUAUAGGAGAUGAUGAAGAUGAAUUAAUGGUCGCAAGCAACAACCAUCCUUCUUCUUCUUCUUCCACCAUUUUCACCUUCCCUAACUUGAGGGUAUUGUAUCUGCAUAAUCUGGAACGAUUGGAGAGCAUCUGCAAGGGUUCGAUGGUUUGUUAUUCCCUUGAAGUAAUUCACACAUAUGAUUGUCCAAAGCUGAAGAGGCUCCCUUUCUCUCUGCCCCUUGUUAAUGGCCAACCUUCUCCUCCCAUCUCUCUUAGAAAGAUCGAUUUCUAUCCAAUAGGAUGGUGGGAAUCACUGGAGUGGGACCACCCCAAUGCUAAGGAUGCCCUGCAACCAUUCCUUGUUUACAUUUAGUAUUGAUCAAAUGCUUGGUCACAGGUAUAACAUUCUUCACUUUUGUCUAUUUCAAUCUACAUCUUAAUUUGGAUCUUUUUCUUCUCUACAACUCCAUAAAAAUGAUUCUAUAGGUAAUAGGUUAAUCAUUAUUAGUACCAACUGCUUAACAUUUUUAAAAUUUGAAUGCUUCUUUUCUUAUUUCUUUAUUUUACUUGGACAUGCAAACAAGUGAAAUAAAGUCGAGACAUCCCCAGUACGUUUCUCUCCUGUGAUCGAUUUAAAUGUUUAAUUGUCGGUUUUAUUUUGUGGGUUAGUUUAAUUCUUUGUUGGCAAGUCGUGCAAUUAUUUCUUAACAAUCAGUAUUUUGCUAACAAAAAACUGUAUGUAUGUCAUUGUGUUUCUUGGUUUCAUGUAGGAUAGGACCAGAUGUAUAAAGCAAUGGCAGGCCAGGUCAGAGUCAAGUCUCCAGGUGGUCACAGUAAAAGAAAAACAAAGGCGGUAGAUAGAUAACUGGAACCAAUGUUUUGAUUCUUUCUCAAAUGAGCAAGCUUGCAAAUCUUCGACCUUCCACCAUUUGAUUUUUUUCUUUCUUGCAAGACGUACUCGGUUCUUCCUUCUACCUGUAGUCCUGUUCACACAAACUUUGGUACGUGUUUGUGUGUGUCUUUAUAUAUGUAUAUUAUUUUGUAUGCUUAUCGAUUUGAUGAUAUAUAAUUGAG